CUCUUUCUUUACGUCUCCGAUGCAAAUUAGAGAGAGAGAGAGAGAGAGAGAGAGAGAGAGAGGGAGGGAGUAAUGCCAUUAUUGUUUAUUAAUACGCUGUUAGCCAAAACAGGGAUGAAGGGAAGCUGAGGGCUUUUCGUCUUUUGCAACCCUCUUUGCAUUAUCUCCUUCCCUUUCUCCAAUUAAGCCUCGGUCGUUCCUCCGUGCCCAUAAAGAUUCGAUCCCGUUAUCUAUUAUGAAACUCAAAGUGGAUUGCAGUUUUGAGGGAUAGCAAUUAUUUUUUAUGUUUUUUUUGUUGGUUUUUCCUCAACGGGCUAUUGAAAUUCCGUGACGCUACUGGAUCAAUGUAACAUCAUCGGAUGGUUGUAACGAAAGGACUCGGGUUUCUUGCAUAUACGAGAGGCGCAUGUGGCUGGUUGGUGUAUGUGCGUUACUUUCUUUUUUAUUGGCGGUGAACUGAGUCAUGAAUGGGAGUUGGCUUGAACCAGGAUUUGGUGGGAAGACAUUUUGAGUAACAUUCGUCUGGUUUGCAGUAGUUCGUGGGCAUCUAUUUAUGGGCUAAACUGUGGCUUUUAGACAUUUCAUGGGAGGUUUAGAGGAUGAAGAACCACCCUUGAAGCGUAUAAAAUCAUCUCCACAAGAAUCAAGGAGUGUACUGAAGAACUUGCCUCUGAUUGAGCCUAUUGGCUCUUCUAGAGACACCAUGGCAAAAUAUGUACGUUUAGGGGAUGAAACAGUUGGCUCUAAGGGUAUUAUCAAAAAGGUGGAAUUUGUUAGGAUAAUAACAAGGGCUCUAUAUUCCUUGGGUUACGAGAAAAGUGGUGCUCUUCUGGAAGAAGAAUCAGGGAUAUCCCUAAACUCAUCAACUGUGAAUUUGUUUAGGCAGGAAGUUCUUGAGGGGAAAUGGGAUAAGAGUGUGGCGACCUUGGGUAAAAUUGCACAGUUGGAAGAUAAGAUCGUGAAAUCAGCAUCUUUUCUGAUAUUGGAGCAGAAAUUUUUUGAGCUUCUUCAAAAGGAACAAGUCCUAGAUGCAUUAAAAACAUUGAGAUUAGAAAUUGCCCCUUUGUGCAUAAACAAAGAUAGGGUGCAUGAGCUUGCGGGUUGUAUUGUUUCACCUGCACGAUAUGAGAGACUUGUGCGCGACGAUGCUCUUCAUGAUAAUCCACGUUUACGGCUUCUCGAGGAACUACAGAAAUUGCUUCCUCCUUCUGUUAUGGUGCCUGAAAGGAGGUUAGAACAUCUUCUUGAGCAAGCUCUUAAUGUACAGAGAGAAUCUUGUGUCUUUCACAACUCCCUGGACAGUGCACUUUCAUUGUACCAUGAUCAUCAGUGUGGGAGAGACCAGAUUCCAACCAAGACACUUCAGGUGCUGCAGUCACACCAGGAUGAAGUAUGGUUUCUGAAGUUUGCUCAUAAUGGAAAAUACUUGGCCUCAUCAUCCCGUGAUUGCACUAUAAUAUUGUGGGAGGUAAGUAAGGACGGUGAGGUGUCACUCAAGCAUACACUAAUGGGGCAUCAGAAGCCAGUAUUUUUUGUCACAUGGAGUUUUGACGACUGUCAGCUGUUAACUUGUGGCAUUGAAGAGGUUGUUCGCCGGUGGGACGUGGAGUCAGGUAGCUGUUUACAAGUAUAUGAGAAAAGUAACUUCGGUCUUGUUUCUUGUGGAUGGUUCCCAGAAGGCAAAAAGUUGUUUGCAGGCAUGAAUGACCGAAGUGUCUGCAUAUGGGACUUAGAAGGGAAAGAACUUGAAUGGUGGAAGGGGCAGCGGGCUGUUAAGAUGUCUGACAUGUUCAUAAUGAGUGAUGGAACUGUUAUAAGUAUGAAUAAAGAGACAACAAUUGUUUUGAAAGACGGGCAAACAAGGACUGAGAGAGUGAUUUUAGAAGAUAAUUGCAUCACUUCAUUUUCUAUAUCAAGAGAUGAGAGGCACCUACUUGUGAACCUGUCAAACCAGGAGAUUCACUUGUGGAGCACAGUAGGAGAGCCAAAGUUACUGGCCAAGUAUAAAGGUCAUAAGCGUACUCGGUUAGAUAUACGUUCUUGUUUUGGUGGGUCAGAGGAAGCCUUUGUUGCUAGUGGUAGCGAGGAUUCAAUGGUUUACAUAUGGCACAGAGGUACAGGGAAGUUACUGGAGAAACUUCCUGGGCAUUCAGGAGCUGUCAACUGUGUAAGUUGGAAUCCUGCUAACCCUUGUAUGCUGGCAUCAGCUAGUGAUGAUCGAACGGUAAGGAUUUGGGGUAUAAGUAAUGUCAGUCCGAAACUUGUUAAUGCAUGUUCCAAUAAUUUUGUCAUCAAUCACUGCAAUGGAAUAAGAUAGAUAAAACACCACUUGAAAUUGCAAUUAGAAGUCAGUUAUCUGAAAUUUAUCCUUUGUUUGUCUUAUGUAAAUUCUUGUUUCUUGGCAAUCAUCGCAAACAAUGUGUAAUUACGCAACUUGCUGUUUGCCAAUGAACCCUUAUGACGAUUUAUUUGUCACUUCUCAUUUAGAUUAAUUUUAGCUGGAGAAGGAACUUCCUUUU